CGGGAUCGGAGCUGAACUAAACUUUGAGUCUUUGUUCGAGAGGAGCGCGAGGAGCGAGUCCAGAGAACCAGAGAACCAGAGAACAGGAGAGAACCAGAACCAGAACCGGAGAACCAGAACCAGAGAGAACCACAGGACCAGGGACCCGGUCCUGCUGCGGGCUCACUGCCAAAAACAACCCGGGAAGGUACCAGAGGAGUCCCGGGAGGAGGCUGUGAGGAGCCGGGCACAGCUCAGUGAGAGACUCGGAGGAGGACAUGGAUCCAGAGGGACACAUAUGGACGGACUAACGGACCGCGAACGCUCGGGCCUGCUGCGGCUCUGAUCCGGUCCUGAUUCGGAUACGAUGAAACUUUGAGGCCGGUGGUUCUGGACCCGGCUCGGACCGACUGUUGUCCUGGUGCUUGCUGGGAAAUAAAAAGUUGAACAGCCAAUAAUCGAUGAGUAUCGAUCCGCUGCGGAGAUAAAUCAGCUGAUCAGAGGGUGGAUGAGUCUCGGUUCUGGUUCUUCUCUCUGCGGGACAUGGAGCUCUGCGGGCGGCCGCCACUGCUGCUGCUGCUCGGUCUGAUGCUCCGGUUCUGCUCCGGGGACACCGACGACCGCAUCGUCUCCGACCGGUACGAGGUUUACUGGAACAGCUCCAACCCCCGGUUCUUUGGUGGCGAGUACACGGUGGAGGUGGCGAUCAACGACUACCUGGACGUAUACUGUCCGCACUACGAGGGGGCGGAGUCAUCGGAGCGCAUGGAGCAGUACGUGUUGUACAUGGUGAACUACGACGGUUACACCACGUGUGACCACCACAGGAAGGGAUUCAAACGCUGGGAGUGUAACCGCCCACUGAGCGUCAACGGACCACUCAAGUUCUCCGAGAAGUUCCAGCUGUUCACUCCGUUUAGCCUCGGCUUCGAGUUCAGGCCAGGACACGAGUACUAUUACAUCUCGUCUCCUCAUCUGAAUUUGGCUGGAAAACCUUGUUUGAAGCUGAAGGUUUACGUCAAACCAACCAACGACUCUGUGUACGAGUCCCCGGAGCCGUUUCUGACUGACGACACCACAGGCGGCUGCGUCCUCGCUCUGCCCCGCCUCCCCCUGCUUUUCACCAUGUUGCUCGCGACGCUCUUCGUCCUCUUCCUCGCCCCCUCAUAGUACCUCCUCUUCAUCCUCCUCCCGUCGCUCUGACAGAUCGGACACGAGGCGGGAACACCAUCCAGCUCUGUCUCCCCGACCUCUGACCUUCACCUGAGGUAAACUCAGCAGCUCAGCCAAUCAGGAGGCAGAGGCUGAUGGUGGGAGGAGCCUGGAGCUCAGGUGGCUGCUGGUUCUGUUUAACGAUCUGUACGGAGGCUCCGGAGGCUCAAAACACCACAGAUGUUCAUUUGUUAAAUGAAUAAGUUAUUCUUUUGUAUUCACACAACAAAAAUCCUUCAUUAAAUUUAAACUUUAUUUUAACUUUAUUUACAGCAAAAUAAAACAUGAACAACAAAAAAUAUUAAAAUAUUAAAACUAAGAAUUAAUGUAGAAAUCAAAUAAAAGAUUUAAAUGAAAAGCUGGAGGUGAAGUUAAAGAUAAAAUCUGACUUUUUAUAACUGAACAAGAUCAUUUUUUUUAUCUCAUCAAUAUUUAAAGAUGGAUUUUUAAUUUUGUGUAUAAAAAAAUAACCGAAACAUGAUUUUAAUGUUCAUUUGUUUCCUUCUUUGAUUGUUAGAUGAUGUCUCUCUCUCUCUCUCUCUCUCUCUCUCUCUCUCCUCUCUCUCUCCCUCUGUCUCUCUCUCUCUCUCUCUCUCUCUCUCUCUGUCUCUCUGUCUCUCUCUCUCU